AUGGCGACCGACGAGAUUGUCGUCGCGGAGAAUUCCAACGGCAUCGAAGACAGGGGCACGCUGGUGGCGCCCGGCGGGAGCCAGAAGAAGCUGGUGGCAGCGUCGACGCCAAACCUGGAGGAUCUGCGGGCCCAGAUCGAAGUCCUGCAGGAGGUCAACUCGCAUUUGAACUCCGAGAUCGAGCACUCCACGUACCAGCUGGACGGAUUGAGGGAGGAGCGGGAUGCAUGGAAAAAGAGGGCGCAGGUGCUGUGCAGGAUGCUGAACGACAAGAAGAAGGAGGAGGCCGAGGGGGGGUCCGAGAUCCGGGUGGUGCAGGAGAUGCCCACCGCGGAGGAGGUCGAGCAGAAGUGCAGGCAGGUCUGUGAUUCGGGCAGGGAGGAAGAGAUGGUGCUGGCAGGGGUUGACACGCACGAGCUGGUGCUGAAGGGACGGAUGGGCGGCUGGCUGAUUGAAGCAGACGAGCUUCGUCGCGGCAGCAUAAUCGGCGAAGGGGCGUUUGGCACAACCUAUCAUGGCAUCUGGAGAGGGGCCCAAGUGGCAGUCAAGUGCGUUCCCGUCCAAAGCAAGGAGGACAUGAUCAGCUUCUUGCGGGAAGUAGAGGCUCUCGCCGGGAUCCGGCAUCCGAAUAUUCUUCCCUUCCUUGGGGCCUGCAUAGUUGCACCAACCACGUUUUGGCUGGUUUGCGAAUACAUGCCGGGAGGCACACUGGGGAAGUGGCUGCAUGCUGAGAAAUACGUCCGCCGGCCACUGCUGAAACGGCUUCAGUAUGCCCUGGAGGUGGCACAGGGCAUGCUUGCACUUGAGCGGUGUGAUCCACCCAUUUUGCACCGGGACCUGAAGCCCACCAACAUUUUCAUUGACGGCAGCGGUCACGCCCGGGUAGGAGACUUUGGGCUGGCAAGGCGACUUCCUGCCACCAACAUAUCUACCUUGACCAGCGAGACUGGGACCUACAUGUACAUGGCCCCAGAGAUGGUCCGGCACGAAGUCUACGAUUCGAAAGCAGAUGUUUGGAGCUGGGGGGUGAUGCUCUGUGAGCUGUGCACCAAUGCUCAGCCAUACCAGGGCAACUUCUGGACGCCGAUUCAAGUUGCCAUGGCUGUUGCAGAUGGCAAAGUUAAGCCGCAGAUGCCGAAAGACAUCCACCCAGCCCUGACAAAGUUGGCAGAGCUGUGCUAUUCACAAGAGCCUUCUGAGAGGCCCAGCUUUGAGUCAGUGGUCUCUGAAAUGACGGCAAUUCUGGAGGUGCUGCAAGCUGAGGCAAAUGCCCAGGAGGGCAGUUUCUUUACGCGCAUAAUGCGGAGAGCCAGCUUUUCACAGAGAGGGACAAGCUUUUCUCAGAGUAGAACAGAAUCGCCAUGGGACGAAGGAAUUGCAAGCACGACACCCAGCCUCAAGUCUUUACAAUAG